AAACGACGGUACGCAAGGCUGAAGAUCCCGCCCGCCCGCAGGGAGGUGUUUACAAUCGGGAAAGAUGGAGGCUUUCACAACACUUUUAAAGUUUUGAAUUUAAUAAAAUUCUACUGUCUCUACAAACUAUUACAAGAUGCCGUGAUGACUGGCAGGAGAAAAGGAAUUAAAUGGCCACUGUUUGGGUUUCAGAACUGUUUCAUCAGCUCUGUGAAGAUGACAAGGUGACCGACUGACCUCUAAUAAAUAAAACAUCGUAUUUUUAACGUGCAUACAUUUCUUAAUAUUGAAUUAUUGAAAUAAUUCUGUAUUUCUGUGCAUUUACAUAACUUUAGUACAUAAAAUUCUAUCUAUAUUUUCCAAAUAAUGCUGAAGUGACCAUUUGAAUUGUUGCCAAAAAGUAUUAAGGCGGUUUUAACUUAGAUUUGUAAGUUUGUUAAUCAAAUGUAGUUAAUAAUGCAAAUAUAUAAAUUUGAAUGACAUUUUUUUAUAUAACAGAAUUAGAUUUUCAUUUAUAUACGUACCUGUUUUAAUUAUCUCUCGUGCAAUAUUUUUGUCGUAUUUUCUCAUAAGAAAUUACUUCUGACUGUUCUGUUGCAUUUCAUUGAAAAGUAUUUUAUCAUUGUUCGAAAUCUUUCGCCCAUAAACCAUUUCCAAAGCCUUUAAUGCGUCUUUUAAUAUUUGAAGGCUUCAGAAGUCAUUAAAAGAUUUAGUUGAAAUAUCAUUUUCAGAUGUUAAGGUCCAGUGUAGGUAGAGGCUUAGUUUUGUAACUUGAUCCUUGCUCAAGACAUCAAGUUCUUUCAUUAUUUUCAAGUGUCUUGAAUUAAAUUAUAUGUAUACAUGUAUAUUUUUAUUUCUCUGUCAAUAUAUGUAUACAUGAAUUAGAUGUACAGUAUAUAUAUACAGGGAUGCACCUGUUGUAGCCACCGGUUGGAGCUUUUUGCUAUCUGGCCAGAUAUCAGAUGUGCCGGGUAGUUAAAAGAUAUCUGGCCAGAUAUUGUUCAUAUAUGUAAGAUCUGGGCUUUCAUACUGUUUAAGUAAUAGAUGAAGAAUGAGCGGGCGUGUUGCAUCAGAUAUACAAACUCGAGCCGAAGGCAAGAUGUAGCUUGUGAAACGUCUCGAUGAGCCUUGCCCAGCAAAUUGUCCGUAUUAUAGAGGCACGGUGACCAUAUUCUUCAAAAAAGGUGGUAUGCACCCCGCCCCCUGCUAACUGUCUCUAGGGGGAUGUCUGUAACAAGAUGUUUUAUAAUUAUUCUGUAAGGAGAUGUUCUUAUUUUAAAAUAAUGACCUAAUUAAUGUCUUUCAAAUAAGUUUUUUCAUUCCUGGCCUAGUGCUGGCUGAGCUAAAUUGAAACUUUUGAAAUCCAAGUCACCUGAAUUUUUUUGCAUGCUAAAAACAGACAAACAUAUAUAUUUGGGCUACAUGACAUCCUCACAACACUUAUCAGUGGUACAGUACCUAAUUUUUCUUGAGCAAAGUUUUGAAGUUGAACAAUCUUUUAUAGAAAUAUAUAUAUAUACAGUAAUAGUUGUAUAUAUAUACAGUAAUGGCUAAACAUAAUUGUGAAAAUGGUAUAUAACACCGAAUUUUUUACUGUAGCUAACACCCUGCAAAACGAAUUAAAUUUGUUUAACACAAAACUAUUUUAUUUGCCCUGCACCAGAGUGCUUUGACUUGAAACACCUUUGCUUAUUUUUGAAUUAUAGGAAAAUUUGUUAUCUGCAAUCACAGCCCAAGCAAUUGAAGGAAUAUUUGAUAUCCUAUUGAAAUCAACAUCAAUUGAGAAUGAUGUCGACAUUACUCUACAGUGUCUUGUCAAGAUUGUACAUGUGCUGCAUUUAAAUCCCAAUUAUGUCAACCAGGUACAGAUGAGAUAAUUGAAAAUCCUACCUUAAUUAACCAAGCUCACUAGCUAGCUAGCACCUGCAAAGCAGGCUACCCACCACUCAUUAAUGUCAAAUGAUUUUAUUUGUCAGGAGAAAAGUAUUGGGCAUUAAUGGGUUAACCAGACUGAAUCUAAUUAAAAGCCCUGUCUUUUAUUAACCCAUUGAGUGGCAGCACUCUCUUCCUGACGAGUAAAAUCGUCUGGCAUUAGACAGAGUAAAAUAAUAAAGUGGGGUGCAUCUGGGCGCAUUGCCAUGCACUUGAAGGAUUAACAUGGUGCAUGGGCAGAUAGUCUGAUUAACCCAUUAAGUGGCUGUAACACUCUUCCCUGAUGAGUAAAAUCAUCUGGCGUUAGAGUAAAAUAAUAAUUAAAAGUGGGGUGCAUCUGGGUGCAUACCCUGGAGCCAGAGGGUACUUAUUUUUGCCUGUUUUGAAUAACCCUCUGGUGAAAUUGGCAAGGUUUUUCGGGUUCACAUUCCACACAUAACUUUCAAAAUUGGAAGGAAAUCAAAGAGUUGAUUGGCUGCUGACUAUAGGUCCGAUAGACUACGAAUGCAUUCCAUGUUUACCAUGCCAGAGAUCUCUGGCAGGAGGGUACAAAUGUUGUUGAAUUGACAUGAGAUCACUCAGAAGUCAGAAGCAAUAUGGAAAUAUUCAUGUUGGUCUCAUUGGCUGGGGUGGCUUCGGAAACCGUGUUAAACACAUGCAUACAGUAGUGUAUUUGUCUGUUUCCUCAAAUAUUUCUUAGAAAUCCUUUAUAAUUUAGGUAGAUGCCAAAUUCCUAAUGCAGGUAGAUGCAAAAUUUCUACUGUGAUCACAGAAACUCUGAUAGUGCAAACUGGCCUUUAAAACGAUAUGGCUGGUUUACUAAUAAAUGUCCCAGCCUGCCACCUUAUAGUUCAUUAACCCAUUGAGCAGCAGCACUCUCCCCUUGACAAGUAAAAUUGUCUGGCAUUAGACAGUAUACAAAUAAUGAAUGUUUAUGAGUGCAAUGGUAAGAAUAUUUUCAUGAGGUGAAAGAUGGAAUGUUCCAUUCAACGAGGGGACAGCCGAGUUGAAUGGAACAUUCCAUCUUUCAACGAAUGAAAAUAUUCUUACCAUUGCACGAAUAAAAACAUUCAUUAUUUGUUUUAUAUAAUACCAAAAUAGACUAAUAUUGAAAAGGUUUACUGUAAGCUCCCGCCAUUUUGACGAGUCGUAUUUGCAUUAAAUCCCAUUUACUGAGUUUCGAAUAUCGGGUUAAAAUAAACUGCGAUCACCGUACGAGAAGCAUUUUGACGGAUGCGAUUUAUCGAAAACACAAAGAGUGCAAUGGAAUAAAACAUAUAGUACAGUUGCACUCGCAAGAGUGCAAUGGAAUGUAUUCCAUUGCACUCUUGGGAAAUGGUCAAUUAUUCAAUUUCAUGUGACCAUAAACAGCCAAUUAAAUGAUCAGAAUUCAAUAAGGUAUUAUAUAAAGUAAAAUAAUGAAACACUCUAUUGUGUGGCACCACAAGGUGCAAUGUUUUCAUUCGCUGUAUGUAUUUAGUUUCUUUAUUAAUUAAUGUACACUGUACAUAUAGUACUGUAUUAAUUUUCAUUUAGGGUUCUGGUGUCGAUUUACCAACUGUUCUGUUACAAUAUUUUCAACUUUUUGAACAACAGUAAGUCAUGAUUGGUCAAUUAAUAAUUUUGUGAUAUUAUCAUUUCAAAGAUAUAAAUACUGUGAAGAAUUUAUACAUGAUGAAAUAUAUUUUGUUAUGCUUGCAGGAUAGAGAAACCGAAUAAGGAAGCAAUCAUUUUAAAAACACACUUACUGGGUAUGUUAUAAGAUACAGUACACUAAUCAAAAUUUUCAAAAAUAAGUUUAUUAUAUUUCGUCGGUAUUAAUUUUUUGAUCAUAAACAAAAUUUUAGAUGCAAUAUGUCAGAUGUUGGAUUGCAAGGACAAGCCAGCUCUCCAGGUAAAUAGACUAAUUGUACUGUAUGUAACACUGUAACUCAGAGAUGAAACAUUGAGUAGUAUAUUCGUUGGAAGUACCGGUACCUGUAUAUAACUUAUUAUAACCCAUUGAGCACCAGCGCUCUCCCCUUGACAACUAAAAUAAGAUCUUUCAAAGUAAGCCAGUACCAAAGCUCUGGCAGGUGUUCUGAGGUUUAGCACUGUCACUGGCUACUCUCUUCAAAAGAUACUGUAUGUGCCAACCUCGUACCCAGGGCUUUUUGCUUCCGCGGUUGGAUGGUUAGCGAAAAAGGCCCUGGCUUCGGCUGGUCUGUUUUGCAACCUGAUUGGUCAAUGAUUUUGAAUGUAAUUAUUCAAUAUAUGUGGGAAUAAUUAUUAUUUUUGGUGGAACGAGAGUGGAGUGACAAAUUUAUAAUUAGUUCUUGAUGGACUAAAGUAUUGAGCAAAUAAGAUUUUUGACAUUUCGCUUGAGAUACAGCAUGAAUUAGGGAAAGACAACACAUCAAUUUGGUCCAAAUUAAGUCUUUGUAUAUUUUGUAUAGACGAGUAUUUGCUUCGGUUCAACAUAUAUUUCUCACCUGCGUUGUUUACACAUCGUUGAUUUCCGAAGAAACAUACAGCGUUAUAGUCAAAUAAAGAUUGUGAUACAAAUAUAUUUUGGUUAUAUUAAAUACGAUUUAUAUAAACCAAACGCUGAAGCGGUUUUGUUUUGUUUAGUUACUUAUUACGUUAUGUUUAAAAAUCAUCAAUAUUACGGGCUAUGUUGCUGAAUGAAAUGUGAACAACGAAAACCGAAUAAAUUCAACUAAUUUUGUUGCUUUCCCUUUGAUUAUAUACGCAGCAUUGAGUUUGUUUACUCCUAUCAGUAAUUACAGUGUGUAUAAGUAUUAUAUAUACGUACUUAUACACAUAUAUUAUCAUAAUUGAACACCCCAAAUACUGGAGAUUUUGAGGUCAUGUGACCGGCCGAUGCCAGGGCCAUUUUCGCUGAUCAGAAGCAAAAUGCCCUGGGCACGAGGUUGUGUAUGUGCAUCUAUAUUGCUUUUAACCACUGCCAAAGGAAUGGCAAGAAAUGUCUUUGCAGCUCUUUCAAAUUCUAAUUUGAUAGCUUCUGAAGAAGAAUUUAUUACCAGUGCAACUACAGUACACUCAGUAAGCUUAGCUUGUCCAGCUUAUUGAUCAAGCAAAAAGUAAAAGAAACAGAUGACAGCAUCACAGCACUUCUAGUACAAAAGUUAUUUCAUUAGUAAAACAUUCUUGCAUUGAGGACAACUGUUCUCAUCACAAUUGCUUACUUAAAAAGUUUAUAUGAAAGCCCUGGGUAGGUACAGUAUGGAGUCUAGAGACCUGACCGAACCAAAACGAGUAGCCCAGGAAUAGCAAUUGAUCCUGAAAUUAAACUCCAACUGGUGUUAUGACUCAGGCAGAUCCUGUGCCAAUAGCUUUUGGAUUUGGCUCAAUAGCUACAUGUAGUUUAGCCCGAAUUAGUCUUCAUUAAACUCCAUGGCUCCCUAACUUCUGCAAUUGUGUUAUAUAUACAGUACAGUACAUUAGGCAUAUGAUGGCGGGGUAUGGUAAGUUACAGAUUAUUCUAAUUUGUUUAUUUUAGGCUGUAUUUCUUGGUUUGAGCUGCUUUAAGACAAUUUUAUCUAAUUUACAACUGGUUUCCAAUGUUGAUUCUGAGGUUAGUAUACUGAAUUCGCGCCUUCCCUCGCCUUUUUCCUUCUCCGCCUGUGCUCCUUCGCCCAGCGGCUACGCUCGUGUUCCAAGAUCCGCCAUGAUGUAAAGUGUAGUGAAAUGUAUCUCAUCCGUAAUAUUAAAUCCUAAGAAAACUAAAGCCUCUGCGGAGGAGAGAGAUACUGAAUAAUAUUCAACUUGUGGUCUUUGUAACUUAAAAUUGUCUGUGUUGUAGUACUGUUGCAAUGGAAUGUUGGGUUGUUUGUUUAUUUCAUUUAUUUAUGAAAAUGUAAAUAAUCCUUGAAAAAGUUUUGAUAAUAAAGAAGUAUUGUUAUUAUUUUAGGAUGAAAAUAUUAAUACUUGGAAUCAACUUCUGUACAGUUCCAUCCGAGCACUUCAAACUCUUAUUCACUCAUCAAGUGCAGCUAAGGUACUGUACAAGUACCAAAUAUAUUCUGUUCAAUGGGGCACCGAACUUGGUUAGUGUGUAACCUCAUUCCCACUUCCCCAGGGACCAUAGAUCAUAUUCAGAAUUUCUCCAAGUGUGAAACAACCUUUUCACAGUCAGCUGGUACAUUACCACGUGAGAAGAGUGAUUCCAGUUUGACUAAUUACCAAAUACCACAUAUCAUAUCCGGAUUCAGGGCGCGAAAUAACGGCUGGAGGGUCGCCAGUCAAGGUGACCGGCCAACUCAAUUUUAGCUCAGACAUGCCGAAUGUCUGGCCGGUCAAAUUAUUCAGCUUAAAGCAAAGCCUAGUAAAGUACACCCCUAAAAAUGUGACUAUUUUCACAGUAUAGCAUUAAAAAAGCCUUACUGUAAUCAGUAAUUGAGAACACAAAACAGCUUGCACUGCACUAAAACAGCUUGCACUGCGCUAAAAGCAUAGCCUUAAGCCAAAGACAUGGCCAUGGGCUUUGUGAAGUACGGUGUGGGAAAGCUGGUGUACAUUGAAGUUCUUUUCCCGCAAAAUAUUCGACAACAUGUUGCUAUAAUACUUGACAACUUUAUUUUGAUUAUUAAUUAAAAUGAAGAUUAGUUUGUUCUUUCACCGAAAGUGGCCGGUCAAACUCAAACUGACCGGCAAGGUAAGAAUUUGACUGGACAACUCGGCAUUCUGGCCGGACAUUGUCCGUUGAUCGGCCGUUAUUUUGCGCCCUGGGAUUAUCUGGUUUCCUCCAAUAGCUGGACCUCUAGGCAGAAUGGUUUAAUUAGGGGCAGGCCAUUUAUUAUUAUUAUUGCCUUUGUAUUUAGCCAGGAUAUCCACGUCACCGUAGUGUUCUUCAGUGGGGACCUGCAAUAAAUUACAUCAGUACACCGUACUGUACUUAAAACGUACAGUAUGUACAUCAUUUGACAUUAGGAAAGUAAUUGGGAGGGAUGGGGAAAAAUACAAGAAAAAUUUGCGCAAUGAAAAACAAAAGAAAAAAAUUCAUGGAAAGCAAACUUCUCACACGUAUGAUUUUAUGCAUGAUUAAUUUAACAAACUCUUUACAGAAAUUUAAAGUUUUUUAAAAUUUAGACGUUCUCUGGUUUUUAAAUAUUAAUUUGGUACGCACUUUCGACUGCCAGAUUGCAGUCUUCAACGGGUGGAUUAUAAUGAGAGUAUGACAGUUACAACGGUUACAGUUUUUACAAAUUUUGCGGUGUGCGUGUUUGUUUAUACACCCUGUUGUUAGAGUAGUAUUAUUAAGUGCGGUGCGGUGUCUCAGAAGAAUGGUGUUUGGAACAUUUAUUGUCUAGGAAGUUUUUGAAGCUUCAAAUGGCUACAAAACAACCAAGGAGUGUUUGUUAAAGUGGCAUUCACCCUCGAAAGAUGUCAUUUUUGGAUUGCUAAAGUGGGUAAGUGUUAUAUUGUGAAUCCUUUAUCGGGUAUAAAUGAUCAAGUACGCCAAAAAUAAAUAUACAGUACAAGCACAACUUGUUGGAAGAGGAUUUCAGAUGUACAGUAACUAAGCUUACAGCUGUAAGUACCAAGAAUUGUGACGUCUGUCAGAAUAGAUUUGUCAAAAUAGAAUUGUACAGUAUGUAUAUAUAUGUCUCAGUGAACACAACAUUAAUUUUGUGGAUAUGCAUGUUACGUCACAAGCAGGGAACUAAAAUAUUUUACCCAGAUAUGCAAUGGACAUUAUGAGCCUAAAUUUAUACUUCUGUCACUAUUUUAAAUAAAUCGACUGGCAACAUUUUAAGCAUCCAGUAAUUGUUAUUUAGUCACCUGGGACUGGUAAAAUAUUACUUUUGUACAGUAUGUGAUUAUAGUAAUCAUGUCGAGUUUGUUAUACAGCCAUAUUUUCAAAUUUACUCUACCACAUGUGCUACAGCAAUUGUCCAGUCACGCAUAUGUGAUAAACAGCCGAUAUAAACUUUAAACAAAAGAUAAUGUUAAAUGUAUGUAAUAUAACGGCGAACAUGCAGAUUGGCCAUCUCAAAGUAUGCUAAUGUUGGGAUAGAAGCGUUGCAGACUGCAGAGAAGAGUGGACAGUAAGGCUCCCUCGUGCACCACCCCAUGGAAAACCUGCACCCCUCCUUGGAGAUGAGGCUAGAUCCGCCCUUGGUACAAUCUAUAGUUUGUUUGUUUUCAACUUCAGAUGAUUGGCAAGGACUUUCAAGAUGGAGAGUUGGAAAUUGAAGACGAAAACCUUCUAUUGAUUUUGAUCGAUUGGCUUCCUUAUAUCCAAUCAGAUUUACAAAGGUGAACACCUUAAUAUAUCCAUAAAUAUAUGAUAAAUUGCCGUUUAUUGUAAUCUUGCUUAAUUAUAAACUCAGCUGAAUUUUUUAAAGUCUUGACUAGAGGUCUGGCCGAACAGAUUACAUUAUUUCACCAUCUAGCGUUUCAACACUCCACAAUCUAGUGUCUUCAACUAAGGUUAUCUGAAGUCGUAACGUGUGCUUUCUUAUAAAAUUGAGGGAUGAUGUCAUCUUCGAGUAUGUAAGGGUCCACCUUGGUGGCCAAUUACAUCAUCCCAUGUACCAAUUACAUCAUCCCAUUACAUCAUCCCAUGUACGGUCCCAGAAAAUGUUUGAGUUCUCAGAAAAUGUUUGAGUUCUCAGAAAAUGUUUGGAUGUAGUGAGUAAGGUAGAAUGAAUGAACAGAUACAAAUACAAAAGGAAACCAAACAAAGCAGGUAAACUGAGGGAGAAAUGGAUGGUUUGGAAGACUGAAGGUGUUAACUUUAACCAUAGAACUUAAUCAGUGUAUAGUAAAUAAAUUAAUUAGGCGAUAUAAAAUUCCAUAGUCGAUGGCAUUUACAGUAUGUUUUGUUUUUCGUUCUUGUCUUGUUAGAUACAUAUUGGGAUAUUGGCAGAAAAUAUUUCGUUCUGUCACGGAAAGAAUUUUUUAAACUCAAAAAUUUGAACUAGGCAUUAUUAUUAUUUUGCAGAAGAUCUGGGCUUACGGAUCAAAAACUUUGCAGGUUCCAGGUUAGGUGCAGCUUAAUGCUGUAGUAAAGAUUGAUUCUCGCUAUUUUGAUGCUGUUUCAGACAAUAAAAUCUCGAAACUUACUCACAUGCAACUCCCAACCCUAACCAAAUUGCAACAACUUGAACCUAAUAACCGAAGUCCAACAAACUGCAAAACUUACCAGCCCCUUUGCCAAAUAAAAAAUCAUGAUUAUUUUCCAACAAAUUAAAGCAAAUCAAUUUAAUUUGUGUAGAUUUCUAUCUGACGUUCUAGUGAAGAUGGUGAUGUAUUCCUCUUACAACGUCAUGGUGUGUUCAAAAACUGGAGUGAUGUCAAGUAUACUGAAACAUUUAAAACAAGAUGAUCCGCUUCAACCAGAUGCAAGAGGUUGGUUACUAUACAGUACUGCUAAGAAUUAGCACAUUUUUAGAUUUUUAUAGUAAGCUUCACGGACCAGAUUGUUGUCAAUUUUCAUUCCAAUGUGUACGUAGGAUGAGAGGCAGUUCAGGGUAAAAACCGAAAACCGUCUGGAAAAACCCCAGGAAAACCUCGAUUUUUAUAACUUAUGUCAAAAUAUACUACAGUUAGAUAAAACUUCACGCUACACAUUCAAGGCUUUAGUUUCAAAAAGAAUUGUAUUAAUGGUAUAAGUGCUGCCUUUAUAUGUAAGCGCUAAGCCACCGAGGUGUGCUGCAGUAUUUUCUACCCACUUUUAUGCUUGACAUAUUUUAUGAAGAAUCUUCCAAUUAAUGUGCUAAAAGUUAAAAUAAUUUUUCAGAGAAUCUCUUGGUUAUGCUUGAAGUACUUGGCAGUGUUUCUAUGAAACCAGAGGAUUUCCGUGAAUUCAUGGACUUAGUAAAACCUUCUGUUGAUGGCGAUAAUGUAAGUUAUUGGUCAGUUAGGUAGUCAGUCUGUUGGUUGGUUGGUUUGGUUUGUUAGGUUGGUUGGUUAUGUUAGUUGGUUAGGUUGGCUGGUUAGGUUCAUUUGGUUACAGUAGUUAGUUGGUUUGGUUUGUUAGGUUGGUUGGUCUGUUAGUUACAGUAGGUUGCUUGGUUGGUUGUUUAGCUUGGUUGGUUAUGUACUGUAACUUGGAGGUUGGUCAACUGCAAUUUCAAUGUAAUUCCUCACAGUAACUCCUGAUAAAUUGCUGUGCAUUUUUUAGGUACGUGACUUUGAUCGGAUGCUUCAAUCUUUAAUUAAAAUCUCAACGUACGGUGACCGGAUCUCUAAACCGCUUUCGUACUUUGAUCUCCGACACAAGACUAGUGUAAGUAAAAAACUUAACUUACUACGCUUACUACGCUACUACGCUUACUAUGUACGCUACUACACUACUACAUUGCUACCAUACUACCUUACUACGCUUACUACGCUCACUACGCUACUACAUUACUAACUUACUACCUUACAACUCUUACAACUCUUACUACACUUACUGCGCUACUACCUUACUACCUUACUACGCUACUACGCUACAACAUGCAUUACUACCUUACUACGCCACUGCCUUAGACUUAGUCAAGAAACAGUAGAACUAUUACUUUAAGUAUGAAUAGUAUUGCACUUCGUUCUUAUAACAUAGAGGUAGUUCAAAAUUAUAUUAAAAUGUCUCUGUUGAAAUGUAAGUUAUAUGUACAGUAUAUGCUACCACGCCACUUCUCCAAUACACUUAGUACACUAAGAAAAUAUGUUGAAUACAAAAUUUGGCAAGCAGAUUUUGCUGAGUACGAAGAACUUGCAGCAGGCGUUGGGGAUAAUAUAAAACAAUAAAUGCUAAUUAAUACAUGCUACUACGCGUACUGCGCGUAGUAAGAUUUUUUUACGAAAUGCCGCCCAUAUUUCUCGCCGGGUAUAAGAUUGCCUCAUUCUGUUUCUUGUGUGAAUCCACAAAAUGGAAAGAUCAGGGCCAGCUGUUCAAAAGCCAGUUGGCUUAAUCCUAGGAAUGAAAAAUGUCUAAGCAAUCUUCCCAAAAGCUUUUUCAUAAGCUUAAAGGCACUAGCUGUUACACUAAGCAACUUGUCUCGGAACUUGUCUCGCAAUGUUAAAAAAACGAUUUCAGGAUUGCAUUGCAAGGGAUGUUACACCAAGCAAUAUGUUCCACGCAACUUGCAAUGAUCAAUAUUAAAAAUAGUACAAAAACCGCGAGUGCUAACGUUUGUCGCUCUAUUGUCAAUCAAAAGCCAUUAGGAAGCCAUUCAGUGUAUAAGCAUUGCGAGACUAGUUGCAAGACGGAUGUUACACUGUGCAAUGCUUUGUAGCAUUGCAAAAAGUAGAACCUGAUUCUACUUCGUGCAAUGGUUGUUGCAACAAAAAUAUUGCGAGACUUGUUGAUUGCGAAGCAUGAUACACCUUGCAAUUUCGCGUGCAACUUGUGUCGCAACAAAAUUGCUAGGCAAGUUGCGAGACAAAUUGCAUAGUGUAACAGCGCCUUAAAUAGUUAAAUGAAGGUACGAGAAUGUUGCAUAAUUUGGAUGCACAGCUCAUCAAACAUUGAUUCCUUUUAAUUUUCUUAUUGAAUUAUUAACGUGUAGUGAGUUUUACAAAUUUUAUUACGUUGUUAGGGUAUUGCAUUACCAAGUAUUGAGAAGUGGGGUGGUUCUGGCUUCACAUUUCAUGCUUGGGUCUCUCUCAAGUCUUCAAGGGAGGAAGAUCAUCCCGAGAUACCUGUAAAGUCUGAAUCUGAAGAACAACCUUCUUUCUCUUGGCCUUAUCGCAGACAGUUAUACAGGUAGAUCUUCUGCUGGAAAUCUGUGGAUUGAGAAGAAUUCAACUGCUUGAAAAAUACAAGUUAAACUUCUACGUUUUGAUUUUUCAGGUAGUUGAAUUAUUUUCAUGCAAUCCGGCAGCUUUCUGGCGUUAUUAUCAUUACCUACAGUACGCUGAUACAGACCGUUCGAGAUCAUCUGUUAGCCUGAGUGUCAGGCCAUAUUUUCCCUUUCUUAAAUGCGGUGGACGGAAGGGGGGGGGGACAAAUCCCAGUCUGUAAAAAAAGCCAAAGUCUGGCUAAAAUUCUAUCAAUAAAUCAUAAAGCUAGCCGACUUUAUCUCGAAACCAUUUAGUACCGUAGUUCGCCUCAUUAAUAUUCAGUACACGUCAGCAUGUACAAUCUAUGCAUGCGCUGGUAAGAUGAAAGCUUGUCUUAAGGUCCAUACACAGCGGACGCGAUUCGACAACGCGUCGCGAUUUUUCGAUUUUCACUGAACAAUAACUUUGAUCCUAAUUUAAAUUUUCCAAAUAUUUACAGGCCUUAAAAUAUAUUUUACAGGACCGUCUGACAAAAUGUCCGAUGACGUUGAGUUUGGGUCGGACAUAUGUCUGAUGACUUUCAGUUCAGUUUUGACUUGGAAAUAAUUCUGAAUGACACAAAUGAAUAUCAGCACAGUGUAUUAAUUCUGAACGGUAAAUGUUGUGAAGAUAUUAAAUAAUUUGUUUCUUUCAUACUUAUUUCCAAGACAAAAUUAACUUGCUUUCCAGAACAGCAGUAUUAAAAAAGACUUCGACAACUUCAGCUCGUUUUCCACUUCACCAUUUCGCUCGCCGCCCCGCCCUCGACUACGUUAAAACAUUUCCAGUUCACUUUUUAUACAAUAGUACUCUGAUUUUCCAUUUAACAUACAAGCCUCUAGUCCUGGGCUAUAGGUACAUUUUGAUUUACGAUGGACAAAGCUACAGUUAGGUAGGACACAAAUACACUUAGGUCGGACAAACAAUAAACCUCAGUUUCACUUAGGUCGGACAGAAUGUCCGGUGGUUUCCUCUCUACGUCGGACAAUUUAACGAAUGGGUCGGACAAUGUCCGUGACCGACCAAUAUUUUAAGGCCUGUAUUUAGAAACGUUAUAACAUUUUGAGUUAUUUGGUCUAAAUAUCUUUUAAAAUUUGCUCUCAUUGGCUGUUUUAUUAACUUUCAAAAACUAAAAAAUCGCGUCGCGUUGCCGAAUCGCGUCCGGUGUGUCUGGACCUUUAGUUGCAAUUCCUGGUCGUGCUUACGAGAUGAGGGAUAUCUGCUGCCCUGCAGGAUAUUUGCUGCACUGUGUAGCACUUACUGAAAUCUACCUAUGAUUUGUACAUGAAGAUUUCGAGUGGAAUUUUUAUACAUUUAUUAGACCUAACUAAAAUGCAGGCUUGAUUUUUCGCAACUGUUCCUGGUCAGGUCUGAUAAAUGUAUAAAAUUUUACUCGAAAUUUCCAUCUACAUGUACAAAUUCCUUCAACAAUGGAUGACUUUGAUCCAGACAAGAAGGACGAAAUCUAUCAUAGCUUAAAAGAACAUCCUUAAAUUAGUAUAAUUGCCAAAUUUGGUUGCAAAAUGUUGUUAAGUAUGAAAAAUGUAGCCCUGUGAAAUGAACAAAUUUUGAGUAUUUUAGUAUUAAGGCCUGAUUCCACGUGCGCUUUUUCUCGGCGAAAUGCGAAAUAUUUCGUCUGUUUCUUUUGAAUUGCGACUACUCGAAUAAAUUAUUUCUACUUGAUUGCUCACAAUUCAAAAGAAACAGGCGAAAUAUUUCGCAUUUCGCCGAGAAAUCGGGAAACCGUGGAAUCAGGCCUUUACGCGCAGAAAAGUUCACCACGUUUGAGCCGAAAGUGGUGCAUUUUUUUCCGCGCGUAAUACUAAAAUACUCAAAAUUUGAAAACUUUGGAAGGCUACAGUAUAUAUAUUUUUCGUAUUUUACAACAUUUCGCAACCAAACUUUCCAAUUUUACUAAUUUUAAGAUGCUCUUUUGAGCUAUAAUGAUAGAUAUUGUCUUUCUUGUCUAGAUCAAAAAUUAGUCGACAGCUGGAAUAAUCUAUUAGUUAUAUUGAGUGAGAUGCCCACUGUGAUAUGAACAUUUGUUUGUUCUCAUAUAGCUUUCUCUCCGCGAGCGGCACUGGUUUCGAGGCCUUCUUCACACCAAACGGACAUUUAGUCGUUGCUAUAGUAACAAGGAAAGAAUACGUCACAGCACCUCUGGUCGAUGUCGUGUUGGCGGAUGACUUAUGGGUAGGUCAUGUGAUUGAAAUAUUUCGUUCUUGUCAGGUGCAAUGGAAUAAAUAAAUAGAACCAGUAUAUUAACAGUCAUGUAACUUUACUUUUUUGACCACUUGCCCUCAGGGCAAGUUGGACAUGGAAAUUAGUUGCCCUGGAUAAAAUUCACUUGCCAUCAGACAAUGGCCACUGGGGUACCCUGAUAGGGGGUAUAAAUUAAAGGGACAACAUGUCGACCCGUUGCUCUGUAUGGCCAUGUUAUACUGCCUCAGAUCUAGCUUUGGCCCACAAAAAAAUUGAAUCAAGUACAUGCAGUAUAAAAAAUAUAUUCGACAAUGAAAACAUUAACUUAAAGAUGCCCAGCUUUUUUGCGGCAAGGCAACUUGCCCAAACUGGGCAAGCAAGAUAAAACGUGUACUUGCCCGUCAUGAUAUUCACUUGCCCCGGGCAAGUGUUAAGUUACACCUCUGAUUAACAACCACCUGUGUGAUAUUUGGCCAAUCAAGCACCAUGCCUGUAGGCAUGAGGGUCUAAGCCAGAGAUGGAAACAUGAUUGGAACCAACCUGGGAACCUACUGUAGUUCCCAGAAUUUUGGGGGGCAUCUACAUUUUUGCAGAACUUUUCAGACAUUUUUCUAGUUUGUUUGAUAGCUGAUUCUGAAAAUUACACUGAUUGAAUAUCUAACUUACUAAAUACCUGAUUAUUGAAAUGAUUGAAUACCAAAUUAUUCUACUAACUCUACAUAUACCUAAAUUACAUCGGAACAGUUCAGAACGAAAAUAUUCAUAUAGCCUGCAUUGAACCCUGGUCUCCUAGCUUGAAAGGCUAGCGUGGUGACUACAAGAAGUUAAAAAAUUAUCGACCCCUGCCUGAGAUCAAUCUCCAACUGGUGUACGACUCAGACAGUCAGACUUGCUUCUUUAGGACAUAUAAUCAAAUCCAGAGGUUUUCAAUGGCAAUUUUCAACCAGUAACAACAGUUUUUGAAAUUGUAAUUAUAACUGGGAACAACUCUGCUUUUUAUACGAAGUAAAAAAACUUACUAAUGUGUUGUGCAUACAAGACAUGCUGUAGCUAUAUAUGGUAAUUUCUUUCUUUCAUUCUAGCAUUCCGUGCUGAUAGUACACUGCCAAUCUCGCAAACCUUUAGCUCGAAAAGACCACCUUUCUGUCUACAUCGAUGGCGAACUUAAAAUGGCCGUACCUCUCAAACUACCUUCGAUGUGCGAGGUUUGUUUGUAUCUUUAUUGCUAAUUAUUUAUUCCUUAAUUUAUUUGGUUGCAAAAUUGAGUACAUUUAUAGUGCAGGAAAAACGCUUUGCUUCUUCGGGAAAAUAUUUAUUUACCUUUCAAACCAGCAGAAAAUAUUCCUUAAAUUUUUAGCUUUAAAAUUGUUUGUUGUGCUGUCUUACUCAUAUUAAAAUGAUUUCUCUAUACUUCGGCCGUGUCUUACAGUGCCCGCGAUAGGGGUGUACCGGAACUCGGUUCCGGCCAGAACCACGAUUUUUUAGAGUUCCGGUUCCGGCCUGAACUAAUAAGAAGAGCAUGGCCGGAACCGGAACUCUGUCGCUUUCAAAGAGAUAGAAUAUCAAGUUCACAGUAGGAAGAACUAUUCUAACAUUUGCGAGCUCUCUCCUUGAUUACUUGAAGUGUCUGCCUGUCUGGCAGCAGACAAAGUAACAUAUAGUCGACUAUAUAUGGCUUAAGUCAGUUGCGGUUCUUUCCAGUUCCGGCCAGAUCCGGUUCCGGCCGGAACUUAAAAAAAUUGGUUCCGGUGCACCCCUAACCCGCAAACUUUUUAUUGAACUCCGUACAGCUUGCUUAUUUAUAAGCUUGGCGAUAUUUUCCCAGAAAUCAUGAUGGAUUAACAGAAAUUUUAUUUUCAAAAGUUUCGAAACAAACUAACAUGCAGAAAUGCACAAACCAAAACAGCGUGUUAAAUUUUAACCCAAGGUUCGCGGUAUUAAUCCAGCUUUGAAUGACCGACCCCUGGAGUGCUCCUGAUUGAGAAAGAUACAACUACUUGGGGAAUAUAAUCAAAACUUCGACGUUUCGAGCGAAGGCAUUUUGAAGUUUUGCUUAUAUUUUUAUUCAGGACAAUAAAUAAGUCUAUAACUGCUCAGAAAUACCCAAACACUGCGUUCUCGUUCCAAAAUGCGUUCCGAACGCGUUCAGGAGGAAACUUGGAAACGCGUUCCUCACUUUGGUUAAAAACCGCGUUCUCGCAUCGGAAAAUCCCGACACCGAAUGAAACCAGAGCUACUGUAGGGUUUCACAGUUGACAACCGUGAACUGUUACUAUAAUUUCUAUAUGGGCAGCAUGUAAUCGCAAAUAAUUUUAAAAAUUGUUUAAUUAGUAGCUUUGUUUUGCGUGUUUGUUUCAACUGUAUAUGUAACCACAGUCUCGCACAAGUCAAAUAGUGAAAAUGCUUCAUAUCGUAUCAUUUCAACCCGGGCGCACAUGCUACGUGUUUCUUUGUUGUGAAGAGGGAGGGGACCUGUGGGGGCUACUUUAAAUGGGUAGGGUUUUUUUGAGAGGGGGACUUAAACAAUAUGGACAUUCUAUUUAAGAGCUUUUUCUGAAGAUAGAAAUUUCGAUUUUCGAGUGACCUAGCCUUUCUCACAAAGGCCAAAAUCUCCAUUUUUGGGGGCGUCUGCCCUCGUUAGACAAUUCAAACAACGUGAAAAGCGACUUUUAAAAGUUGUAACUUUAAAAACAACAACAAUACUCAAAAGUUGUAUUUCGUGGUGCCGAGACUCUCAAGCGUGAUAGAGGCAGUACCCAAAAAUGGCGGGAAAAUCGGCAGUGAGAAAGCCAAUUUAAAUUUACAUUUCUAGAGAAGUUGCGAAAAAUGUAACUAUGGGUCUAUUUAGUUGCAUUUUUCGGAAAUUUUCCUGGUUAGGCCUUGGUGUAGAAGAAAUAUUUAUAGCUUUUACUCCAAAUUUCCACCUUCAACAGCGUUAGUUCUGCGAGAUGCCCCAAAUCCUGAUAUUUAUCCACAUAUUUUUCUAGCCUUUUACUUCAUGUAACAUCGGUUGUGGAGGACCUCAGACUAUUUCGUCUGCGCAUGACAUAACUGCAGCACCACGUGGGCAUUUCCCGAGUCAAAUCACGUCAUUUUUGAAAGGUCAUUUCAAGGAAUCUCGUGUCAACCCAACAACUGCGUCGCAAACCGUCACAAAAUUUCCGACCCACGUGCCUGCUGGACACCAAGAUGAUUUCUGGGGGGUCCCUGAAUCUAUUCAGGGGCAGCUUGGUCCUGUUUGCGUAUUCAAUGAAGCCAUACAUGAACAGCAUGGUUAUGUUUUGAAUUCUAUAGGUAGGUUUUCACAUAAUGGUAUGGCGUGAUUUUGUGUGGUUUGGUGUGGUUUAGUGUGUUGCGGUGUGGUAUUGUAUGGCAUGAUGUGGUUUUGUGUGGUCUGAUAUGGUGUGGUGUAUUACUGUACGAUUGGUGUUGUAUAUGGCAUGGUGGUGCAUGGUAUGGUACUCUGGUAUGUAUGUUUUGUUAUUUAUGCUUUGGUGGGAGAUGGCAUUGUACAGUAUGGUAUGGAAUGGUUCGGUUUGGUGUGAUGUGGUACGGUAUAAUAGAUAUGGUAUAAUGUGGUGUAGUAUAAUAUGGUGUAGUAUGGUAUAGUAUACAAAUAAUGAAUGUUUAUGAAUGCAAUGGUAAGAAUAUUUUCAUGAGGUGAAAGAUGGAAUGUUCCAUUCAACGAGGCGACAGCCGAGUUGAAUGGAACAUUCCAUCUUUCACCGAAUGAAAAUAUUCUUACCGUCGCACGAAAAAACAUUCAUUAUUUGUUUUAUAUAAUACCAGAGUGGACUAAUAGAUUUGUAUGAGAAGCAUUUUGAGGGAUGUGAUUUAUCGAAAACACAAAGAGUGCAAUUGUACUAUACGUUUUGUCACGGUUAAUAUUAACCGUGGUUUUGUAUAGUACUAUACUAUUCAGUAUCACGUGACCAUAAACAGCCAAUUAAACGAUCAGAAUUCAAUAAGGUAUUAUAUAAUAUAGCAUAGUAUAGCGUGGUGUCAGUGGUGUGAUAUGAUAUGAUAAUGUAUAGUUCGACGUGGUUUGGUAUGGUAUGUUAUGGUAUAUAUUGUAUAUCGUAUAUGGUACAGUAUUUGAUAUCCUAUUUUUAUCGUAGGUCCUAGCUGUGUCUCCCUGUUUCAGCCCCAAGGUUCAAAUGAAGAAGAGAGCAACUCUGUACUUGCAGAACUCUCUGGCAAACUGGUCUUGUAUUAUAACGCCAAGGUGCUGACCUAUGUUUAUUUAAUCGUGCAAAACAUUCAGAAUAUUUUGUGUAAGAAAAACAAAUUCUAUUAACAUAAUAAUUGUGACUCCGUCAAAUACAGAACUUACAAACUGAAUUAGAAUUGUAAUUAUCUUUAUAUCUUCAUGCAGGCAUGUAAAAACAACAAGUGCAUUGAUUUAACACCAAGUCAUUUAGGAGGCAACAGAAUUGAUGGACGGUACGUUUUGUUAAUCGUAGGGUUUUUGUAGAUGAAAUUCCGAGCGGAAGAUAUAUACAAUUUUCAUACAUAUACAAUGGAGUAGUAAUACGGCUGUAUUUAUAAUAAUUGCUGCAACUUGCAACAAAAUCUGAUUUCAACGCAUGUUAAGUAGAAAUGUCGACACAUGUUGCUUCGUGAUUUGUAAUUUAUGUGUAUAAACAUUUUCUAUUAACAUGCGUAGAGAUCAGAUUUUGUUGCAAGUUGCAGCAAUUUUGUUGCUGGUAUUACUCGAGCUUAACCAGGAGCAGCUACGGAAAAUGCAACUGUUGGCCCCUCUGGCAGGAAUCGAACGUGCUCCUCUGAGGCUCCGGUGCAGCGCUCUAACCAACUGAGUUACAGAAUUUCAGUUAAGCACAAGUUCUUGUAUAUAGAAAUAGUGGGUGUUGCCAGUAUACGUUCUGUUAAAUAUCAUGAUUUAGGGCAUUUCGCUCAUUACAACUAACAGUUGAUCGAAGGUUUUUGAAUGGAAAUUACUAAAUGAAGAUUAUGCACAAUUUUCAAACCUAAUCAAGAGCUGUUGUGGAGCAUACAACUACAGUAUAGGCCCUCUGGCAGGACUUGCCCGUUUGUUAACCAUAUUUUUACACCAAAAUUUAUUCCCAUUGAACUGACACAUUUUUCCUCUUCACAGCUUUACAGGGGAAGUAUGUUCCAGCUGGGAUAUUAAGGUCAGUCUUGUAAACCUGUAACAGUGAGCUCUUCAUAUCAAGGCCAGAAAUUGGUGAAAACAGUGGAAACUGCUGGAAAUAGUGGGAACAAAUUUAGGGGAGGUGCAGCAGUUUAGCUCACGACCUUCAUGGAAAGUUAGGGCUUACUGUAGAACGGGCCAAAGUCAACGACGUGGCGUAUUCAUGUAGUGUACAUAUGUAUAAGUGUAUUAAUGAAUUAUGACUGUACGACUCAUCUAAUUUUGCAUUUCAUUACAAUUGCUACAAAAUUUCUUUCAAAACAUUGCACUAAAAGGGUAUUUGACACAGAGAUGAAUGACUAUCCCUGUUCCAAUUUUACAGAAAAACGUUCUUACGAAGGCAGACCCUAAACAACCAAAAAAGUCAAAUGUUCACUUUAAUCUAUCAUUGAAACUUUCCCAAGGGGAGGUGCAUGGCUUUUUAGGGGAAGUGCAAAAAUUCUCAGGGGAGGUGCAAAACGAUCUCAAGGGAGGUGCACACUUCCCCACACCUCCCCUCAAAAUCCGGCCAUGCUUUAUAUAUGAGAAAUAAGAAUGGUAAGAAUUUGAGGACUCACGUCCAAAAAGUGAAGUCAAAGAUGGAUUUUACGACCAAAUGUCAGUCCCUUCCUAUUGUUUGAUAAAGUAUUUUUCAUUUCACAGAAUGUUAUCAAUAGCAUGGGAGGAAUGGAAGUCUUCUUACCGUUGUUGGAGCAAGUUGAGUACGACGAAAGCAAAAGUUGUGAAAUAACAGAAGAAGAAGAAAAGGUCGUGAAAGUCAAGAUUGAGAAAAAUCCCGCAAGGUUUGUUUGUACCUCAUGUUAAAUGACAUUAGUAUAAAUUUUGCAUAUCAAAUGAGCUUUCGCGCGUUCUGAUUGGCUAGUUGACUAGUAAAUCUGAGGCAUUAUUUACCACCUGGGUAGUAAAUAAUGCUUUUCAAAAAGAAUGAUUCGGCAAAUUUGGUUUCAAAAUCGACAAAGUAUUGAAAAAAUCGUCCCAGAAAAAGAAAAAAAGCACAAAAUGUUGUAUUUAACUUGAAAGGUAGGAUUUAGUAUUAUAUUACUGUGUCAAACAUAUUUAUGGACAAUUUAAAACUUAUUUAAAACUCCGAAACAUUCGCUUCAAACGUAAAUCUGAAAUAGCAAAAAAUAUCCCGACUUUUGGGAAAAGCCGUGAUAUUCUUUUUAAAACAAUUUUGUUUUGUAUCCUAUAAAUAUCUCAAUUUGUACGAUACUAUUUCUUUUGACUAUGUCGUGUUUUCAUUGUGCUGUAUGGUGUCCUUUCGCUGUAUUGUACUAUUUGUGUUUUUAAAACUUGUAAAGUGAAAAGUGUAUUAAAACUUUUAUAUUAAUUCGAACGAUAUAGUUUUACAUUUCAUUUUACCAAAUUUCUCAGCCAUUUCCUGAACAAAUUAAUGCUAAACAGAAACUAUUUUUUAAUUCUAAGUCUGGUAAAAAAGUCAUUCCAUCAUUGUGUUUAUAUUCUAAGCAGAAAUCGAGAAAAAUAACUUUGUAAUAAAGCAAUAAAGUCGCACAGGAAGCCAUUUUGAAAGCGUGCGUGUACAAGAAACACUGCAACACUAAACCGUAAACCGGUCGAAAACAGUUUUAUUUCUUAAUUUUAAUUAAACUUAUAGUUGGAUAACUUGGAUAUUUUGUUUUAUUCAUUAAAAAUUUAUACUAAAACAAUUAUUCGCCUCAGGCUCAGUGAUUACGGUGAAUAUUCACCUCGACUUCGUCUCGGUGAAUAUUCACCGGUAAUCACUUCGCCUUCGGCGAAUAAUUGUUAAAUAUUUACCAUUUCAACCGGCACAUGCAAUUAAAAUGGUAGCUAACUGUAUAAACUAGAAAUUAAAGCUGAAACAACGUGAUUUGGGGAGCUACUGUAGACGCCAAAAAGCAGUGCCGCCGAGAAGGGGGGUGGGGAUCCAGCUCAAAAGCGGCCCCCAAAGCAACGGCGUUCGUUAGAUUUUCUUCACACAAGAUUGCUUAAUCGUGGAUAUAAAUCCUAGCUACGUCGGUGCCGUAUAAUAUGCAAUAAAAGUGCACUAUACUGUGAAACACCGCGGCUUCUCCUGUUUUACAAUACCGUUUUACCCCGAGCCCCGUUCAACCUUUCGGCGGCUCUAUCCGAAAACUACUGAAUCUGAGGAUGAAGUAACACCUCCAGCAUAACUUAUUACAGUAUAACUACAGUGAAACACGCAAUUUUAUUUUAUGCUUUCCGAAAGUCUCGCAAUAUCCCGCGUGCAUGGAUGAUACUCUCCUGCACGAAAAACCAUUCGGUGCCCCUUUAUUCAUCAAACGUUUAUUCUAAAAUUUUGUAGCGAACUGAAGGACGAGGUUAAAACUGAAAGCCCUAUAGUGGAUCAAUGGGUGAUGGUCGAAGACCAACAAGCAAAACCGCAGGCUGACCCCUUAACUAAAACACGACAACUCGCUGACGAAGCAGCGCAGGUGAAAAAUGGAGUGACGAUCAUUCUAAGUUUGCUUCAAAAUAUUCUCAAAGGCAGCACGCUGCUUCGGGACUCGUUCUUGAGGUCAAGGGAAUUGGCUACUCUUGGUGUGGUCUUAUCAAAAAUCGAUGGACGACUUAUAGAUGUUCCUGUUUUAAUGUCUAUUCAGAGACUAAUUGAAACACUUCAGCAUUCUAAUGAGGUUCUAAUGCCAUGUAUAUUUCAGUACAUUUUGUUCAACUUUUCAAUAUGGUCUAGAUGUGAGUUUGCGAUCAGGAUCGGUCACAUACAGUAUCUAUCGACAUUGAUAAAGGACAAUCCGACAUAUUUUAGAACUCACUUUGGCACUGAAUUUAUUUUGGAUGUCAUAAGAACGUAUUAUAUCAGCGAUGUUACUACGACGAGAGACCUUCAGACGUCGGAAAUUGACGAAAGCGGAGCGAAGAUAAUCCGAGGAUCGUUAUUUGGUAAGCUUUGUGUGCGUACUAUUGAUACGUUAUAAAUAAAAUUGCAUUUGUUUAGAUAGCAGAGAGGUUCAGAUUUGACUUCCGCUACCUCUUACUGACUUAGUACACAUCUGAUUAGUUAAUCGGAUAUAUCAAAUUAUCAAACGCAUCUGAUUGGUUAAUCUGAUAUAUCAAACGGCAAACGCAUCUGAUUGGUUAAUCGGAUAUAUCAAACACAUCUGAUUGGUUAAUCGAAUAUAUCAAACGCAUCUGAUUGGUUAAUCGAAUAUAUAAAACGCAUCUGAUUGGUUAAUCUGAUAUAUCAAACGCAUCUGAUUGGUUAAUCGGAUAUGUCAAACGCAUCUGAUUGGUUAAUCGGAUAUAUCAAACGCAUCUGAUUGGUUAAUAGUCCAUAAUGAUAGCGGUUGCGGAAAUCAAGUCUGAACCUCGUUAAAAAUGUGAUCGUGAGUACAAUUAAAGAUUAACACUGAAGGUCUGUUUACACUUGCAAUUUUUGCUGGCAUUUCUGGUGCGAUUUUUUUCUGAUUCAUGUGAACCAGUAGAUGAAUACACCCUUUCGGUAAUUAUGUCAUUUGGCCUGGGUGCCUCGCUCUCAUAAAUCGUGAGCCAAUCACCUUGCGUAAUUUACUAAUGAGAGCGAGGCUUCAAGACCAAAAAGUACGUGUAACGUUAUUAUCGAAAGGGUGUAUUGUGAAUGUUCUGAGUAUAUUUAUCACCGUCAGUCGUCAUCUCAACAUUCAUAACUCAUCCACUCGUUUACAUCCAUCGGAAGAAGAAAAUCGCAACGAGAAUUGCCAAUGUAAACAGGUCUUCAGUGUGGAUUAUAACGGUCGGCAUUGGGCUAUUUACCGAGAAAAGAACCACUAAAUGCCGAUGAAUUUUAUUCCUGUUGAUCGAUCAGAUUACAUACGCAGUUUUCAUUUAAAUUUAGGACUGUUCAAAUAGCAUGCAAAAAAGACCGGACAACAAAAUUUUAUGUUACCAAGUUUAUGGUACCAAGACAUGCAGAAAAUGUGUAAACAACAGGGACAAAACUAGGAAAACUGUUGAAUGUCUUGUAAAUUCUCUUCAGAGGUUCAAAUUUUGACUUCCACUACCAUUAUAACCAAUCAGAUGCGUUUAAUCUACGCAAUUAGCCAAUCAAAUGCGUGAACGGCAGUGGUCGUGGAAGUGAAAUCUGAACUUCUCUGGUGUACAGUACGUGCCUUUUACCUCUGUGACCUUUUACAUAGGGUGAGGCGGUGAAAACCGAUUCAACCGAUGUUGUGCUAGGCAAAAAAAAACGGGGGGAAAUUAGGAAAAAAAUGUUUGAAAAUCAGUAAUAUUGAAACAAAAUGGCACCCUGUCAAAACCAAGGCGAUAGUUCAACGUUUUCUGACGAAACUUCCAACUUUCAAACUGAGAAAAUAGCGCACCUAUAAACGAUGGCUUAUAUACCGCUUACAUAUUAAGGCAGUACUAUACCAUUAAUGUAAUUAUUUUUAAAACUAAAGUCUUGAACGUGUAGCGUGAAAUUUAAUCUAACUGUAGUAUAUUUUGACAUCAGUUAUAAAACCCGGGUUUUUUCGGUUUUUUUUAGACGGUUUUCGGUUUGGUUCCUGUAAUACCGUAUAUGUAUGAUUACAGUUUCUCCUCGUGGCGAUUAUACUAAAACCCUGCAUAGACUGCAACUAGUACCGCGGGUUUAAACUAACCUUGUAUUUCGUUUGUUUAAAGGAAUGAUCAAUUACUACUUAAAACAGAAGGUUAAACCACAAGAUAUCGCCUCGUUGAUGCAAUUUAUUGCUACGGUCCAGGAUGGAAAUGUUUUAAAAGAAACUUUUGACCUAAUUUGUGGUUUAUGUAAGGGUCCAACGAAAAUUCCACUCAUGAUGGAAAUCUCACGUAAGCAUACCUGUAUUUUAGAAGAGUUAAAUUUGACUGGAAAUAUUCUCAAGUGA